AUGAAGGGCAACGGCAGCGCGCUGCUCAAUGCCUCUCAGCAGGUGCCCGGCGGCGCGGAGGGCGCGCGGGUGCGACCCUCGUGGCAGGCCUCCACGCUGGCCUUCAUCCUCAUCUUCACCAUCGUGGUGGACAUCCUGGGCAACCUCCUGGUCAUCCUGUCGGUGUAUCGGAAUAAGAAGCUCAGGAACGCAGGAAAUAUAUUUGUGGUGAGCCUAGCAGUUGCAGACCUGGUGGUAGCCAUUUAUCCCUACCCCUUGGUGCUGACAUCGAUCUUUAACAAUGGCUGGAACCUGGGAUCUCUGCACUGUCAAAUUAGUGGUUUCCUGAUGGGCUUGAGUGUCAUUGGCUCCAUAUUCAAUAUCACUGGGAUCGCCAUUAAUCGCUACUGCUACAUCUGCCACAGUCUCAAGUACGACAAGCUGUACAGUAACAAGAAUUCCCUCUGCUACGUGUUCCUGAUAUGGAUGCUGACGCUAGUGGCAAUUGUGCCCAACUUGAGAACAGAAACACUCCAGUAUGACCCCAGGAUCUAUUCCUGUACGUUUUCACAGUCGGUCAGUUCAGCCUACACGAUAGCUGUGGUGGUUUUCCACUUCAUAGUUCCGAUGGUCAUUGUCAUCUUCUGUUACCUAAGAAUCUGGAUCCUGGUUCUUCAGGUCAGACGGAGGGUGAAAUCUGACAACAAACCCAAACUGAAACCACAGGACUUCCGGAACUUUGUCACCAUGUUUGUGGUUUUCGUCCUUUUUGCAAUUUGCUGGGCUCCUCUCAACUUCAUUGGUCUUGUUGUGGCCACAGACCCUGCCAGCAUGGUGCCCAGGAUACCCGAGUGGCUGUUUGUGGCUAGUUACUACAUGGCAUAUUUCAACAGCUGCCUCAAUGCAAUUAUAUAUGGACUUCUGAACCAAAAUUUCAGAAAGGAAUACAGAAGAAUUAUAGUUUCACUGUGUACAGCCAAGAUGUUCUUUGUGGAUAGCUCGAAUGAUGUAGCAGAUAAGGGUAAAUGUAAACCCUCUCCAUUAAUAGCCAACAAGAAUUUAAUCCAGGUGGACUCUGUUUAGAAAAGCAAAACAUUUCUGG